UAAACAAUGCUUUGGUUUCAUUAACGUGAUAAGCUUGUGAAAUGGAGAGAAUUCGGACCUGACUAAAAACUCGCAUCUGCUCAUACUAUGGUUCUUGGCAUCUCCUACUUCAUUUCACGCUUCAACAUCAGAAAAUAAACCCCGACCGCAAAGCAUAGAGUAAAUUAUGGAAAGGUUCACACAUUUGUUACUUCUUCUUUUUGCAUCGUUUCUUUCAUCUUCGGGGAAGACAAUUCACCGUUUGAAACAAAGUGACAAAGAAGUCAAAAGAAAAAUGGAAGCUGAUAAAGUGGAUAUCGGGAACUACAUUGAUUCUAAGGGGCGGGAAGUGAGACCAAUUGAACCUGGCUACAUUCACCAACAUUUUAGCAAGAAGAGUAAAUACGAAGAAAGUGCAGCCAGUCCAAAAGAGCGUAGACAUUGUUUCUGUGGGAUUCCACGAAGCUAUAGUUGCCCAGACGGAUUCAUUGCGACGCAGGUUCAUUGGAACGACGCGCCUCUAACCGGUCCACUUAUGCCUCCUAAUCUGCCGACAGUGGGUCCACCUUUUGGCAUUGGAGAUGAACAGGCUUGGCUCCAAGAUUCUUAUGAUGGCGAACUACAGCAAGAUGUUUACGGCUGGAAUUGGAAAGAGAGGUUAAAUGACAAUGUCCAGGCGGGACCUCAGCAUGAUGCAAGUCCGUGUAUGCAACAAGGAUGGUGUUGUUGCGGAGACGAACCAACCAACAAGGAAUCUGAUGCUGUGAAACCUGACAAGACGCCUACGCAACAGGAGGAGAAAGACACUGAUCGCAUAAUAAUAAAUAUUGCCUGAUCAGGAAAAACGUUAUUAGAUCGGGGGGACGAGAAAAAGAUCGAUAAAACGACAGUGCUUAAAUGGAGUAAACCUCCUACACAACUUAAACAACAUGACCACAUUCUCGUAAAUUUUUCCAGAGAUAAAAAUGCUGGGGAAAUUGUAUAAUUGCUGUGUUGUAUAUUUGUUUAAGUUCACCAAGCGUCGAUGGAAAUGUCGCAUGAAAAUAGAACGCAAAAAUUCUGUGUUGUUGUAGACACAGUUGCUGUGCUUUUCUUUUUACUGAUCAUAUUUGCCUCUGGGUGAAAUUUACUACAGAAAUAAUAUUUAAACUAAACGAUUCGAUCGGAGAAAUCUCCACCGCGUUCUCGUCUUCACUUGAUGAUAUGUUUUGUUAUGUCAGGUGAAAUUGAAUAAUUAACACAUGUAAUUAUGAGCGUGUAAAGGCUUUUCCCGGAAAGAUGGUCAUAGUAGGACCACAAGCAACUUAUUGUUCUACUUUGGUUCAUAAACUGUCGCUACCAAACGUUCUUCAUUCGUUGUAAACCUAAAAAUUAUAAAAAAGUUUACCUCCGAGGCUGCACAAAUUGAAUCUGCGAAAAUUUAUUUUUAAAGAUGAGCCAAAUCUUGAUAGAUCUGAGGUGUUUCAACUAUAUUUUUAAUUAAACUUAUUCACGAUUUGCAUUGUUAAUGAGUGGAUGGCUGAUAGUAAAAAAUUCCUUUCAUGGUU